UUUACGUAUAACUUCGUAUAUACAUUUAAAGUACUUCAAAAGUGUUCAAGUGGUUCAAGUGCAACAUGAGUUCUUUUCUGUUUUGGUUUAUGAAAUCUGACUCUGACGACAGCUCGUCCGAUAGCGAUGAGGAGGCAGCGGAGGAGGAGCAGGAGGAGGAAAGGGAAGAGGAAGAGAACCGUAAAAGUCUCGCGCUAGCACGGAAAAAAAUCCGGGAUCGUUCGAACCCACUAGAUCAACCGGAAAAAUCUUUCAUUGAAUGCUAUCGCGUGAACAAGGAAAUCUUCCUGCUGUUGCUGAAAGCAGUCGACAGCACACGGAAUACGGUGCUGACGUCGUCGAUUCCGACGAACAUUAUGUUGGCCGCUUCGCUAAGGUUUUUCGCCGAAGGCAACUACCAGAAGGGUGUCGGCAAUGAUCGCUUCAUCGGAAUGGCCCAACCGACGAUGUCGAAAGCACUGGGAGAGGUUCUGAAAAUUAUUGAACGGCAAAUCUACCCUGCCGUGGUUCGGUUUCCGACCGAUGAAACCGAGAAAGACGACAUCAAACUUGCUUUUUACGAAAGGUCAGGCUUUCCCAGUGUUAUCGGUUGCGUAGGUGGAAUGCACGUACGGAUUCUUCCACCCGGACAGGAUAAGCAACUGUAUCUUAACGAUAGAGGAUUUUGCAGUUUGAACGUAAUGUUGGUUUGUGAUCAUACUAUGAUGGUGCGUUAUGUCGAUGCUAACAAUGCCGGUUCUAGCCAUAAUUCAGACGUAUGGAAAAAUAGUCCGUUAAACGAACAACUUUCUACAAAUGUUAAAAAAGGAGAAAAAAAAUUCUGGUUGCUUGGCGAUACCAGUUACCCGCUGAAGCCAUACCUGAUCACCCCUUUCCCGGAAGGGGAAAACAUUACGGAGCGGGAAGCAAAAUUCAACGAGAUUCACGCGAGAGCCAGAAUUGUAGUGGAGAGGACAAGAGCCGCACUUAAAAACACUUUCCACUGCCUGCUGGGUCCGCGAAUGCUGUAUUACAAGCCGGAGAAAGCCGCACAAAUAAUCAACGCCUGCAUUGCACUGCACAACCUUCGCAUAAAGCAUAACAUGCAGCUUGAUGAACCGGAAACAGUCGCCGACGACGAAACGGAACCAUCGGAAUGCAAUGAAGCAAGCGCUAGGGCAAUUAGAAUCAGAGACAAAAUCAUGGACAGUAUUGCCUAA